AGGUAAGGGUAAAGCAAAGGCCGAGGGCGAGGAUCGUUCCAUUUAGCAGCCGGCCGUGUUGGUAAGCUUAAACGCUAUGAAGCUUAAACGCUAAAUUAUAGCGUUUUUGGAAAGCCAUCACCCACCCGCUUUUGCAAAGAAGCUGUCUGGAGCUUUUUGAGUUGACCAGUUCAAUGACCAUUUCACCCUCCAACAAUAUCAACAUUUACAACCCACAAUCCUUAUACCUUCCCGAGCCUCAUUACUGUCAGCUUCUCCUUCACUUCACUGUGCUCAUCUUCCCUAGCAGAGCGCCGCCAUCGCCAGCGCCGCAAGCCUCCAUCUCCGCCCAACGCUACCAUCGCCGCAAGCCGCCCAUCACCGCCCAACGCCGCAGCUGCAAAUAGCCGCAAGCCGCCAUCGCUACCCAACGCUGCCAUCGCGCAAGCCGCCCAGUGCUGCCCUGCUAGCAGAUCGUCGCCAUCGCUGUUGCCUUCUUCGCCCAGCUUCGAUCUUCGCCCAGCGCUGCAAGCCUCCAAUCGCCAUCGCCUGGGUCUUCGUCGCGCCUCCAGAUCCUUCAGCCAGAUCUGCCUUCCCCCUUGACGUUGUUGUCGCCUUCUCAUUGCUGAUAGAUGGAUAAAGGAAAGAAACGUAUGAACUAUGCUUUCAAUACGGGACGAUCCUCUGCUAAGUGGGAUGACCACACACAUCUACAAUUCAUAGAGCUAAUAGAACAAGAGAUUCAUAAAGGAAAUAGGCCAGGAUCAUUUAUAAAUAAGGAUGGAUGGAAAAAUUUGGUCAAGACUUUUAAUGAAAUAACAUGGAGGUGUUAUGACAACAAACAAUUGAAAAACCACUGGGAUUCUAUGAAAAAAGAAUGGACACUUUUUAAGCAAAUGAUUCGAGGUGAGUCAGGUUUGGGGUGGGACGAAACAAAGAAGACUGUUAUGGCAGACAAUGCUUGGUGGGAGCAAAAAAUUAAGGAAAAUGAAAAUUAUCGAAAAUUCAGGAACAAAAAAUUAUCCAUCAUAUGGUUUCGCUACGAUGCCUUGUUCUCUGAUAUUGCAGUAACUGGGGAAAGAGCACGAGCUCCAAGUCAAUAUGAACCUCCAACUCAACUAUCGAGUACUGAUAAAGAUGAUGAUGAAAUUGAAAACACCGAGGAUAUAAAUAAUCUCGGAGACCCAUUCGCUACGGAUGAAGGCCCCAAUGAUGCCGUAACUGGUGACGAUUUGUUUGUAGAACCAACCUGGCAACAAGAGCGACCAUCGACCACUAAAAAGGCUAGGAAGGAAAAGAUGUCGAGUGCUGCCAUGUUGAGGACAAAUAUUGAAGAUUUAAUGCAAUUAUACUCCAAGAGCACAAAUACUUCGAACUCUGUUGUAGGACCAGAUGCGGAGAGCAUUCAAAAAUGCUUGGAGGUAUUGCAACGUCUCCCCAUUCAGGUUGGGUGUAGGUUGUGGAAUUAUGCUUGCACCCUUUUUACCAAGCCCCCGAAUCGAACUGUCUUUAUAAAUCAACCAUCCGACGAGGCAAGAUUUGCUUGGUUAGACUACCUACAUCAGUUGUUUGAGGACCAUCGACCUCCACCAUGAACAUUUUCUUUAAUAUGUUAUAACUAAUUUAAUUUAUGUUUGAAUAUUGUUGAGACUAUUGUUGAGUGUGUUUUAUGUUGAACGUUGUUUAUUAUUGAGCAUGUUGGAUUAUUUUCUUUAACUUCUUGUUCAUGGGAUUUUAUGUUUGAAUGCAGUUUGAUUUGUUAAUAUUUUAGAUUUAACUUGUUAAGAUCAGCUUGUAUUGAUAUUAAUAAAGCUCCAUGCUUCACAGAGUAAUGGAGUAUUGGGAAAAUGACAAUGAUGAAGCAAAUGAGGAACAGGUUAAUGCAGAAUCAAUGUUUUUAUUCAGGCAAGCUGCAGGGGCAAUUCUAAUUUAUUACAGCAAGUACAUGCUUAAGGAGCCAUGUCAUACAUCUCAACGAACAGGUCGUAUACUUAUUCAUGAAAUACUUAAUGGUAAUGAAAGUCGAUGUUACCAAGAUUUUCGCAUGACGAAAACAAUUUUUUUGGAUUUCUGUCGUGAUUUAACUGAAAGAUAUGGUCUCACUCCCACACGAGGAAUGUCUGUUCCUGAAUCAGUAGGAAUAUUUUUGAUGAUUUGUGGGUAUGGGGCUGCGAAUCGAUUGAUACAAGAAAUGUUCAAUCAUUCUGGUGAGACAAUUAGCCGACAAUUUCACAGAGUUUUGGUUGCUGUUAAUAGGUUAGGUAGUGACAUUAUUAAACCACAUCCUAACUACAAUGACGGGGAAGGAUACCACAAUCUGAAUAACCCUAAGUAUUUGCCAUUCUUUAAGGUACUUAUUAAUGAAUUUUAUUAACUUGUGAUUAUUCUUAAGUUAAACGUUGGAACAUAAUUCAAAAAGUCUUACAUUUUGAUUGCAGGAUUGUAUUGGUGCUAUUGAUGGUACUCAUGUAAAGGCUCGAUUGCCACGAGGUGAAGAGGUACCCUAUAUAGGACGCAAAGGAUAUCCGACCCAAAAUAUCCUUGCAAUUGUGGAUUUUAACAUGUGUUUUACAUUUGCAUGGGCUGGUUGGGAGGGAUCAGCUCAUGAUGCCAGGAUAUUUAAUGAAGCAAUUCGUAGGCCCGACUUGAAUUUUCCCCAUCCAACAAGAGGGAAAUAUUAUUUAGUAGAUGCAGGGUACUCUCAUAAGAUUGGAUACAUGAGGCCAUACAAGGGUGAGCAUAUAAGAUAUCACUUGCAAGAUUUUCGGCGUACGAGAACAACACGAUUGCGUGCACCAAGAGGGUAUAAAGAGUCCUUCAAUUACCUACAUUCUUCGUGCAGAAUGAUUGUUGAGCGCACUUUUGGAGUGUGGAAGAAGAGAUUUAAGGUUUUGGAAGAUAUGCCUGCAUACAAUUUUGAUACCCAACGAGACAUUGUUCUAGGUACAAUGGCCAUCCAUAACUAUAUUAGGAAGAAAGGGGUACAAGAUGUUGCAUUCACUGCAGCCGAAAAUGAAAAUUAUAUUCCUAAUGCACAAUUAGUGACACCAUCUGAUAGUCAAAUUAAUGAUGAAGUGGACCAGAGUGAUAAUUAUUGGAUGGCAGUGCGGGAUGCUAUAGCCCUAGAUAUUGGACAACCACAAUAAUUGUAUUUAAGUUUGUAUUUUUGUUCUAGUAACGCAUU